CUUUGUCAAUACACUGUUGUGCACAAUAUUAACUUUAAUCUACUGAAAGCCAGAAAUUAUAGCUAUUUAAUUAAUCCAGUGAUAAAAACGAACCAAUCUGUUGAAUCCUAGUAGAAACACGUUAUAAACAGUGGCUUUAAUUAAAUAUCUUUAGUAUUUGAUUGACUGUCGACGGAUCAACAUGGAAGAACUGCCGAGGGAUAAAAUUCUCACGUAUAAUCCCGAUACUCUGAAGGCUGUUAGAUAUGAGUUCAACCUGGAAAACCCUGGAAGAUUGGAGGAAGCCAUCAAUAUCCUGGAAGAUUGGAUUAAGAAACAGGAUCAUUUUGUCAAAAAAGAUUUUGAUCGAGAGUACCUAGAAAGGACUAUAGUAACAACAAAAGGGCUGGUCGAACGCGCUAAAGCACGUAUGGACAAACUAUGUACAUUCAAGACUUUACUGCCAAACUUCUUCCAAAUUUUAGAGGAGAAGAGGCAUCAAUCAAUUGCUGAAAAAUUGAGUCACGCUCAUCUGCCGAAAUUGACAGAUGACCAUUACCGGGUUUAUGUUUUGAAAAUUCAUUCCGACGAAGUGACGGCAUCCGACAUAUUUGACUACUACAGAAAUCUUAUUAUUAUCAGUGAAUAUAUGAAAGCUCAUGACUACUGCAACGGGUUCAUACUCGUUUUGGACUACAGAGACACCAACGUCAUGAGUCUGGCGACUAAACUGAAUCCGAGUGAUCUUCGUCAAGCGCUAGCCGUGAUGAUGGAUGGAUACGGCAUGAGAGUAAAGGGCAUACAUAUGAUAACGCCUUCGAAAAUGGUAGACGCAUUGGUAACGGUCUUCAAGCAAGUUCUGAGCGCUAAGGUGGCUAGUCGUAUACAUGUACACAAAUCAGUAGAAACACUCUACGACUACGUUCCUAAAAGCAUGCUGCCGUCCGAGUUUGAUGGAGAUGGGAAAUCUUUGAGAGAACUUCAUCAACAAUGGAUCGAAGUCAUCACAUCUGAGGAAUUCACGCAAUAUUUGAAGGAGAUGAAUACAGCAACCACCAACGAAGCUUACAGACAAACAGAUAAAUUCAAUGAACAAUAUUUAGGAAUGCCAGGAUCCUUUAGAACUCUAAGUGUAGAUUAAAAUAUGUAUGAAGCAUAGGACAUAAAGGUAGUAAUGGUAGCUGGUAAUGGACCCUUGUCUAAUAAAACAAACGAAAUUAACCAUAUUUUCUAAAACUGCUUGAAAGAAGAUAAAGAUUCAUGGUGAAUGUCUAAAGCAUUGAUGCUCAAAGUGGUCCAGGUAGGCCCUCCAAGGGUUCACGGGAGACUUGACGGGGUUCUACGUAGGUGUGAUCAAAAACUAGAGGUCCACAAUUUGUAAGCGGAGGUCCACGAAAAUGUAUCUGGUUUGAUAAGAAAAUACUAAAAUGUUGGCUUGACUUCACCUAUCAAUAUAGGCAGAUAAUAUUGAUAGGGGUCGUAAGACACGGUGACCCCAACAUAACCCUGAUAUCUGGCCGGUAGUUAUAAUGCACUUUCCCUACGAAACCUAAAAAAUAGAUCCACCGGAACCAGCAAAAUGGUGAAGGGGUCUACGAGAAAAGAAAAAUUAGGACCCUCUGGUUUAGAGCAUUAUUUUUUGUAGGAAACUGGACAUAAAGAGAUGGCAGACGAGGGAAGGGAUAGUGCUUUCAUACAUUGGUGGGACAAGGACGAACUAGUAGUAUAGGACGUGGAUGCCGAGGAGGAGUAACGGUGUUUAAAGUAAUUUUGAUAAGAAAUUGGGGCAAUCAUAUUUAUAUAAUUGUGUUAAAGCACCAUGUUAAGUCCGUUUCUUCUAACAUUAUGCGAUUUUAUAUAGACUAAAGCUAUAUUAUUAUUGAUAAGCUAAUUGACCUGAACGACAUUUUCUUUCGUAAAAUUUUAACUAAGUAAAAAAAACAUAGAAAAAAGUACUGAUUUUAAAUUUGUAUCAAACUUAGUGUGUCAAAAAAUUGUCGCUUAAAUCAAUUAGCUUUUCAACCGUUAAUAUAUCUUAUUUGGAUAUGUUACUUUUCUGGGAAUGUAUUUACGAUGAUUUUAGAGUGCUUCCGGAGAUUUUUUGAGAACUUUCGAUUCUGUUUGUAUUUUAAAACUGGGUGACUAAUACCAUUUCUCUAGUUUUGGUAAUCAAUCAGAGAGACCUAAAUUAUUUAUGACAAUAUUUUAUUAUAUCGUUGUUUGAUCUAGAUUUGGAAGUAUUAUUUUUUACAAUUUAAAUGCAAUGAUACUACAUUUAUCUAAGGUUUACUUGUUAUGAAUUUUCUUAUUAAACUCAAAACUUUACUGGUUGUCGCUUAGACUGUUGCCUUUCACUGGGGUGACACUCUUUCUCCCUUAAAUUUCACAUAUCCUGAUGCGAUCAGGCUCCCUGGAUAAAAGCAUUUUAUAGCACUGUAUGAUAAAAUAGCUUCAUCAUAAGUGUCGGAUUCCAAUCAAUAUUUCCAUCAUUACUUUUUAAGAAUUCACGAAUUAUUUCUGUGUUACGGUUUUAUAAAUCUUAUGCUCAAUAAUUUUAAGGACGUAGAUUAAGACGCUUCCUACGGCUUUUGCUUAUGGCAGAAUUAUUGAAUAAUAUUAAACUAGAAAGUCGCAUAUAAGACAUUAGAACUUUAUAUUGAAAUACUUUAUGAUGCGUUUUGGGAUUUUGGGGAGGGCUAUAAAAUAUUAAAUUUUUAAAAUAAUUACAAUAAAAAGUAUGUCAAUUAUAAUAUACAUUUAAUUUAGUUCUGAAGAAGGAUCAAAUUUCAAAAAAGAUGAAAUAGAACGAAAUAUUCGACGUGAGAUAAUGGUAAACAAUAAAUUGAUUUUGUAAUUA